AUGGAGCAACAGAUAUAUCUGAUGUAUUCUGACUGGUAUUUAUUGAUUACUUUGGCUCUCUCAGCGGCCAUUUUACUCUUGUUAGGGCGGAGGAUGUUAUGGGCCAAAGCUGAUGAUAGCGCAGUGAAACACAAACUCCAACCUGGAUCGACUGGAUUGCCGUUUAUUGGAGAGACUAUCAGUUUAUAUCGAACCGCUAACUCAUCUCGGCGUCGAAAAUUCUUUGAAGAACAUGAGCUCAGAGCAAAAGCAGUUGUGUCACUGGAUCCAGAGUUUAAUAAAUAUAUCAUGCAAAACGAGAGACGGUUGUUUCAAUUCAGAAUGCCAGCAUCCACAAGAGAUCUUUUGGGCAAAUAUUGUUUGCUGGAAGUCCACGGAGAGCUUCAGAAAACGAUCCAUGCAAGCGUCGUCAAAUUGUUCAGAUACGACAGGCUCAGCUCCGAUUUCAUGGAGGAUAUACAAAAUGUUUUGCUCGCCGAAAUGAGUAAAUGGGAAGACCAAAGACAUAUCGCUCUUCAAUACAAAUGCAGUGAGAUUGGUCUUAAGUUAAUGGGGAAAAUGUUACUGGACUUACCCUAUUCUGAAGAGAUGAAUGAUAUUUAUAAGGCUUUUCACGACUUCACAGCAGCUAUCCUAUUCUUGCCUCUCAAUGUUCCUGGAACCACUUACUACAGAGGAAUUCAGGCCAGGAGAUUUCUCUUAAAAAAGAUCUACGGCUAUUUAGAGGAAAGGAGAGAGCAUCCGGAGGGAAUUCACAAUGAUCUCUUGUCCAAACUCUUGAGAGAUCAGAACACUUUUUCAGAUGAAAUUAUUGCAGAUACUCUACUUUUUGUGCUACUUGCUGGUUACGAAACUUCAUCGUCAGAUAUGGCAUUUGCUAUAAAGUUUGUCACUGAAAAUCCAAAUGCAUUGAAGGAGCUGACGGAUGAGCAUGAUAGUAUCAUAAAGUCCAAAGGCACAGGCAAGGUAAAGCUCACCUGGGACGAUUACCAAUCCAUGAAAUUCACUCAUUGUGUAAUAAACGAAACACUUCGUUUGGCUUCUGCCGCCACGAUUAGUUUCAGAGAAACCAUGCAAGAUGUUGAAGUGAGAGGAUUUCUUAUUCCCAAGGGAUGGACAGUGAUUCAUUUACCCAGUUCAAUCCAUUUGGAUGAGAAGUACUAUUACGAUGCUGACAAGUUCCAUCCUUGGCGAUGGCAAAAUGAGGAGCUUUUUGACAAACCGUUUUACAUGCCAUUUGGAGGAGGCAUCAGGCUUUGCCCGGGACUUCAUCUGGGCAAAUUUGAAAUCGCUCUCUUUCUUCAUUACUUUCUCACUAAAUUCAGAUGGGAGCCGCUCGGAGUUUAUCAGGUUAAGUACUUUCCUCAACCUCACAUCGCAAAGGGAUUCCCCAUUCGGCUGUACCCUCGAUUGAAGAGUGAAGAAUAA